AUGAUUCUCCGACAAUUGAUGGGACUCAACACCUGGGUCCGAGUGCUGAUAGCAUUCAUCUCGGUGUGGGUUAUUCUGGUGUUGAUUUUCUACUCCAAGUUGAAUACCGGAGGUGCGAACGACACCGAAGAUGCAUUCCGAAGGCUGAACCAAGCGCUAAGCUACCUGGAAAAGUCCAAACAAGUCGACCAGGAGCUGCGGACUCUGAUCGACGAGUACAUAAGUGAUACGUCGUACAAUCGCAAGCAAAAGUUUGUCGAUGAGCUGGGUAACAAGCUGCAGAUCCAGGGCGCCGGAGCUGGCCAUUUCAAGGGAGUUCCGUCGCUGGAGUAUGAACAGCUGCGUCGUAGGGUGUACAGCAACACGCAAGAGUUGUGGAACUUCCUCAACUCUGAAGUAAUAAAAGCAGCUAAAAUCGGACGGAAAAACUCGCCGGAGAUUGCGCCUCCGUUGGACGCGCUGCUAUCGCUGGCCUCGGAACAUAAGCGCUCCCUGCUGAACGACAUCAACCAGAUGCGAGCCAGCGAUGGGUACGAAUUCUGGCGCUACAAAGAGUCCAAGGAUCUGAGUGACUUGGUCCAGCGACGUCUGAGCUAUCUGCAAAACCCAGAAGACUGUAGUACCGCUCGAAAACUAGUUUGUAGGCUGAACAAGGGCUGCGGAUACGGCUGUCAGCUGCACCACGUAGUCUAUUGCUUCAUCAUGGCGUACGCAACCGAACGAACGCUGAUCCUCAAGUCCAAGGGAUGGCGAUACCACAAGGCCGGCUGGGAGGAGGUGUUCCAGCCCAUCUCGGACACUUGUCUGGACGCGAACGGUGCCACCCACGCCAGCUGGCCCGGCACUACCGAAACGCAGGUCCUCACGGUGCCAAUCAUCGACUCGCUCAAUCCGCGACCUCCGUAUCUGCCACUGGCGAUCCCCGCCGACCUGGCGCCCCGCCUGAUGAAGCUGCACGGCGAUCCGAUCGUGUGGUGGAUCGGACAAUUCCUCAAGUACCUGCUGAAACCGACCGGCGAGACGCGCCAAAUGCUCGAGAAUGGCAUGGAGAAGUUGGGCUUCCGGAAACCGAUCGUAGGAGUUCACGUCAGACGUACCGACAAAGUCGGUACCGAAGCAGCAUUCCACGGAAUUGAAGAGUACAUGAUGGCGGUGGACGAUUACUACAAUCAGGUUGAAAUGACGGAGGCAAUUGACAAGCGGAGAGUGUUCAUCGCUAGUGACGAUCCCAAGGUCAUCGACGAGGCCAAAUCCAAGUACCCGCACUACGAGAUCAUCGGCGACCCGGACGUGGCCAAGGUGGCGGCCGUGUCAACGCGCUACACCGACUCGUCCCUGAACGGCAUCAUCCUGGACAUCCACCUGCUGUCGCUGAGCGACUACCUCGUGUGUACGUUCAGCUCGCAGGUGUGCCGCGUGGCGUACGAGAUCAUGCAGACGCUGUACCCGGACGCGUCCGGCCGGUUCAAAUCGCUGGACGACAUCUACUACUACGGCGGCCAGAACGCGCACAACCGGGAGGUGGUGCUGGCGCACAACCCGAAGAACCACGACGAAAUUCACAUGCGCAAGGGCGAUCUGGUGGGGGUGGCCGGGAACCACUGGAACGGGUACUCCAAGGGGAAGAACUCGCGCACCAGCCAGGUCGGGCUGUUUCCUUCGUUUAAGGUUAACGACAAAAUCGAGGUGGUAGAUCUUCCCAAGUAUCCCAAAGUGAAGUAAGCGGCGGAAUUGGACUCUGUUGUGAUAGACGACGGGUUUGAGCAUGUGGCGAUUUGGUGUAAAAUAUUACUACUAUUUUUUUUUUUGGAAGCCCCACGUAGAAGUGAAAACUGUGUUUGACUAAAAAAAUAAAUUGACCGUGUAACAACAACAGAACAAACAACAAAAUUUGAGCGAACAAAGCAUAGAUUUAAUGAUUUUUAAAGCAAGUCUUAGAGAUAAUUCUGUCAACAAAUAAUGGAAACGACCUACCAACACAAAACAAGCAUUAAUUUAUACAAAGCGAUGUGAGGAGUAAAGCAAUUACCUGGUAUGUUGAUAAAGCUUGAGCUUAUUUUGGUUUUAUAUCACAUUCCUUUGAUGUUGUCUCAUUCUCUUUUGGACAUUUUGCUAACCAGUUUGCUUGCAUUUAUAAAUAAACAUUUAUUUCAAAGUAUAA